GACUUCCGGUCACCAGCUUGAGUGACAACAGAGGCGGAGCUCCAACUGGUAUGUUCAUUAAGGGCAGGGCUUCCGGGACUUCUCCCAGAGAGCUACGGCUCGCCACCCGCGGCGGGGAGAGGCGGGCAGUCGUAGCUCCGCCCCCGCCCUUGGGCUCCACCUCCCAGCCCCAUUUCCGCCGGGCGAAAGUCCGUAGGCGCCGCUGCCGUAAACGAGGCCGGCGGUUCGCCAAAUCACGGAAGAUGGCGGCCGCGACCAUGAACGGAACGACAGGCAUCUCGAGCUCCGGGUCUGCGGCGGCCUCGGGCGCUAUCCUGCAGGCCGCGGCCGGCAUGUACGAGCAACUCAAGGGCGAGUGGAACCGGAAAAGCCCCAAUCUUAGCAAAUGCGGAGAAGAGCUGGGCCGCCUCAAGCUGGUUCUGCUGGAGCUUAACUUCCUGCCAACCACAGGGACCAAGCUGACCAAACAACAGCUCAUUCUGGCCCGUGACAUAUUGGAGAUCGGGGCCCAGUGGAGCAUCCUUCGCAAGGACAUCCCCUCCUUCGAGCGCUACAUGGCUCAGCUCAAGUGCUACUACUUUGAUUACAAGGAGCAGCUCCCCGAGUCAGCCUACAUGCACCAGCUUUUGGGCCUCAAUCUUCUCUUCCUGCUGUCCCAGAACCGGGUGGCUGAGUUUCAUACAGAGUUGGAGCGCCUACCUGCCAAGGAUAUCCAGACCAAUGUCUACAUCAAGCACCCUGUGUCCCUUGAGCAGUACCUGAUGGAGGGCAGCUACAACAAGGUGUUCCUGGCCAAAGGCAACAUCCCUGCUGAGAGCUACACCUUCUUUAUCGACAUUCUGCUGGACACUAUCAGGGACGAGAUUGCAGGGUGCAUUGAGAAGGCCUACGAGAAAAUCCUUUUCACUGAGGCCACCCGGAUCCUCUUCUUCAACACACCCAAAAAGAUGACAGACUACGCUAAGAAGCGAGGGUGGGUCCUGGGCCCCAACAACUACUACAGUUUUGCCAGCCAGCAGCAGAAGCCAGAAGACACCAUCAUCCCCUCUACAGAACUGGCCAAGCAAGUCAUCGAGUAUGCCCGGCAGCUGGAGAUGAUUGUCUGAGCCCACUGGCCCUUGGUUAUUUAAAACUGUCACAGUGCAACCUGUCCUCCAAUAAAGGUGGAUUGACAUUCA